CUGGCGUACGGGCGGCGUACACUGAGGCUCCCUCGACCAGCAUCUGUAAACAAGCCGUGAUGGCGUCCCCGAUGUUCAAGCCCAUUGGGUCUAAUUCCGGUGGUGUCUCGGGCGAAGGCGACAAUAAGUUUGAUGUCUUCUACAAGGACCUUAAAGAGACAGAGAAGAGAGAUUCGGUGUUGACUUCAAAGCAGCAGAUUGACCGUCUCUUGCGGCCUGGGGCAUCGUAUGCCAAUCUCAAUCCAUUUGAAGUGUUGCAGGUCGACCCUAGGACUCCCAUCGAUGAUAUCAAGAAAAAAUUUAGAAGGAUGUCUAUUCUGGUGCAUCCUGAUAAGAACCAAGAUGACUCAGAGAGAGCUCAAAAGGCAUUUGAUGAGUUGACUAAAGCCUGGCGAUGCCUAGAAAACGAAAGCACGCGUCAGAAAUGCUUGGAUAUAGUGGAAGAAGCUGAGGCCAUCGUAGCUAAAAGGACGGAAGAACGUAAGAAGCAGUUAAAACGUGAGGGAAAAGACACACGAGUUGAUGAAGAUGACCCUGAUAAGUUGAAGCGUGCCGUGUAUGUUCAAACGAUGAAACUCUUUGCCGAUAUGGAGAGAAAACGGCGGCAGCAAGAAACCCGCGACCAAGAGGAAAGAAAAAGAAAGAGAGACUUAGAGAUAGAAGAGGAGGAACAGAAGAAAGCAGAAAAGGAAUGGCAAAAGAAUUUUGAGGAAUCAAGAGUAAACCGUGUUAAUAGCUGGAAGGACUUCCAGAAGGGAAAAUCUGCGAAGAAAUUCAAGGGUUUCAAACCCCCAAAGCAUAAGGCCGAGGCAAGAGAUUAGCAAGAUGUAUUAGGGAAUUUCUUGUCUUAAGAAUCUAUCUUUCUUUACUUCCUGGCUUGUCAUCCAAGAGCAUCACUAUGGAUGUCAGUACAGACAACUUACUGAACAGAUCUGUCCUUGGGUGUGACGUACUAUGACUAUGUAAUAUCAGCAAACAAAGAACUGUGUAAGUGCACCAGAGGCGGGGUUCGAGGCGUUUCCAUAAUUUAUUAUCAUCGGUGAAAGAGAAAAAAAUAAGUUGGCAAAAGAGCACUAUUGGGAUGACAUUGAUGCCUCUAUGAUAUCAGUUGCUUACCCUGGAGAUAGUUUGCAUUACAAAUGUUACCUUUUUUUUCAUAAUGAGCUGUAUUAAUAAAGGAAAUGAGCAUUUUUUUAAUUACAAGAGUCCACUCGCUCAAUAAUUUCUUGAAUUGUUUCUAAUUUAGAAAUAAUCAAGAUCAGUUUUCAAGUUUGUUUGUUUUUAUAAAAUAUUUUGAUUUGAAUUUUGUGACAUUAUUUGUAAUUUGAUUUUAUAUACAGUAUUAGCAAUUAAUUAUUUUUCUAACCUUGCUCCUACCCAUUCAAAUAUAUUUUGUGUGUACAAUGUGUGAAGAAUUCUGUAAUUUCCAACUGAGUCUUUGUUCUUGAAUUUGUUCAGCUAUUGGAAAGUUCAGAAUAGGGACCCCUCAAUAACCCAGCAGACAUAACAUGCUCGAGUAACGUUCAGUCAAUGUUUUCAAUGUUGAUUCAUCGUUACAAUUGUCAUUUGCCCGGUGGAGGUCAUACUUGUUUGAUAUUUGUAAUUUGUAAAGUGACAAAAUGUGCAUGCAUAGUAAAUAUCUCCUUGUAUUGUGAGACUACCUGUUUUGGUCUCGUAUUUUAUAUUACGUAGGAUCACAGAAAUAUGGUGAACGUUU